AUGGAUGAAAAAAUAAUGAGUGCGGAUAGUAAUGUUAAACAAUUAUUAACCCAAUAUAUAGCAAAUAUGCCAAUGGUUUGUUUUGUUGUGGGAUGCUCCAACAGAUCUAACAGGAAUCCUAUGGGAUAUUUUAGGAUACCGACAGUCCCUUUUAAAAGGUUUCGGCCAGAUGAGGAAACCAUAAGGUCGGUUCAGCAAAGAAGGGAUAAAUGGAUCCAGGCACUUAAAAGGACUGAUUUAACAAACCGCCAAUUAAAUAAUGCUCGAGUUUGUUCAAACCAUUGUAUCUCAGGUAAACCUUCUUCUGUUGAAGACAUCCUAAACCCUGACUGGGUACCUAAUAUUAAUAUGGGAUAUGCUUCGAGUUCUCAUCGUGCUGUUUGUUGCAACAUAGAAAGAUAUAAGAGAAGUAUAAGAAAACAAAUGGCAGAGGAUACAGACCCUAAAGAAGUUAUUGCACCAGACAAUAACAGUGUUGAUAAAAAUACCCAAACUGAAAUCACUAUGGAAAAAUUAACAGAAGAUUUCUUAAAAUUAGCUAUAAUUGAACAAGCUGAUCAUAUAAACAAAACAGCCCUUAAUUUCAAAAAUCUUUGUGGUAAUGAUACAAAAACCAGAUAUUUACUGUUAAAAAUGAAAAGUAUCAAGUUUAGUGUUCCAACAACCGGAAAAAAAUCGGCGAAAAUUAUUUCCCAUUUAAAAAAGGCUCCAAAUUCUGAUCAGUUUAUAAGUGAUAUCUCCACUAUAGAAUUUGUGGAAGGUGACAUGAACAACCAUUGUCCGCUGCAGUAUAGUGAAUUUGAAAAUAAAGCUUCGUGUUCUUCUACACCAGUGAUAAAAAACUCAAAAUAUGAAGAUAUAUCAGAGGAAAGUGAUUCCGAACAUGAGUGCUUAUCUGAAAAUGAAAAUGCUUCUGAUAAUAAUUCUGAUGUUGAAAAAAUUCCGGAAGUGGUAAUCAGUGAGUUAAACAGGAUAAUAGAAGAAGGAAGUGACUGUUAUGCAACCACGAAUUUUAACAAAAUUGAUAAAAAAAUAAUGAGUGCGGAUAGUAAUGUUAAACAAUUAUUAACCCAAUAUAUAGCAAAUAUGCCAAUGGUUUGUUUUGUUGUGGGAUGCUCCAACAGAUCUAACAGGAAUCCUAUAAGAUAUUUUAGGAUACCGACAGUCCCUGUUAAAAGGUUUCGGCAAGAUGAGGAAACCAUAAGGUCGGUUCAGCAAAGAAGGGAUAAAUGGAUCCAGGCACUUAAAAGGACUGAUUUAACAAACCGCCAAUUAAAUAAUGCUCGAGUUUGUUCAAACCAUUUUAUCUCAGGUAAACCUUCUUCUGUUGAAGACAUCCUAAACCCUGACUGGGUACCUAAUAUCAAUAUGGGAUAUGCUUCGAGUUCUCAUCGUGCUGUUUGUUGCAACAUAGAAAGAUAUAAGAGAAGUAUAAGAAAACAAAUGGCAGAGGAUACAGACCCUGAAGAAGUUAUUGCACCAGACAAUAACAGUGUUGAUAAAAAUACCCAAACUGAAAUCACUAUGGAAAAAUUAACAGAAGAUUUCUUAAAAUUAGCUAUAAUUGAACAAGCUGAUCAUAUAAACAAAACAGCCCUUAAUUUCAAAAAUCUUUGUGGUAAUGAUACAAAAACCAGAUAUUUACUGUUAAAAAUGAAAAGUAUCAAGUUUAGUGUUCCAACAACCGGAAAAAAAUCGGCGAAAAUUAUUUCCCAUUUAAAAAAGGCUCCAAAUUCUGAUCAGUUUAUAAGUGAUAUCUCCACUAUAGAAUUUGUGGAAGGUGACAUGAACAACCAUUGUCCGCUGCAGUAUAGUGAAUUUGAAAAUAAAGCUUCGUGUUCUUCUACACCAGUGAUAAAAAACUCAAAAUAUGAAGAUAUAUCAGAGGAAAGUGAUUCCGAACAUGAGUGCUUAUCUGAAAAUGAAAAUGCUUCUGAUAAUAAUUCUGAUGUUGAAAAAAUUCCGGAAGUGGUAAUUAGUGAGUUAAACAGGAUAAUAGAAGAAGGAAGUGACUGCAAUACAACCACGGAUUUUAACAAAAUUGAUAAAAAAAUAAUGAGUGCGGAUAGUAAUGUUAAACAAUUAUUAACCCAAUAUAUAGCAAAUAUGCCAAUGGUUUGUUUUGUUGUGGGAUGCUCCAACAGAUCUAACAGGAAUCCUAUGGGAUAUUUUAGGAUACCGACAGUCCCUUUUAAAAGGUUUCGGCAAGAUGAGGAAACCAUAAGGUCGGUUCAGCAAAGAAGGGAUAAAUGGAUCCAGGCACUUAAAAGGACUGAUUUAACAAACCGCCAAUUAAAUAAUGCUCGAGUUUGUUCAAACCAUUUUAUCUCAGGUAAACCUUCUUCUGUUGAAGACAUCCUAAACCCUGACUGGGUACCUAAUAUCAAUAUGGGAUAUGCUUCGAGUUCUCAUCGUGCUGUUUGUUGCAACAUAGAAAGAUAUAAGAGAAGUAUAAGAAAACAAAUGGCAGAGGAUACAGACCCUGAAGAAGUUAUUGCACCAGACAAUAACAGUGUUGAUAAAAAUACCCAAACUGAAAUCACUAUGGAAAAAUUAACAGAAGAUUUCUUAAAAUUAGCUAUAAUUGAACAAGCUGAUCAUAUAAACAAAACAGCCCUUAAUUUCAAAAAUCUUUGUGGUAAUGAUACAAAAACCAGAUAUUUACUGUUAAAAAUGAAAAGUAUUAAGUUUAGUGUUCCAACAACCGGAAAAAAAUCGGCGAAAAUUAUUUCCCAUUUAAAAAAGGCUCCAAAUUCUGAUCAGUUUGUAAGUGAUAUCUCCACUAUAGAAUUUAUGGAAGGUGACAUGAACAGCCAUUGUCCGCUGCAGUAUAGUGAAUUUGAAAAUAAAGCUUCGUGUUCUUCUACACCAGUGAUAAAAAACUCAAAAUAUGAAGAUAUAUCAGAGGAAAGUGAUUCCGAACAUGAGUGCUUAUCUGAAAAUGAAAAUGCUUCUGAUAAUAAUUCUGAUGUUGAAAAAAUUCCGGAAGUCGUAAUUAGUGAGUUAAACAGGAUAAUAGAAGAAGGAAGUGACUGCAAUACAACCACGGAUUUUAACAAAAUUGAUAAAAAAAUAAUGAGUGCGGAUAGUAAUGUUAAACAAUUAUUAACCCAAUAUAUAGCAAAUAUGCCAAUGGUUUGUUUUGUUGUGGGAUGCUCCAACAGAUCUAACAGGAAUCCUAUGGGAUAUUUUAGGAUACCGACAGUCCCCGUUAAAAGGUUUCGGCAAGAUGAGGAAACCAUAAGGUCGGUUCAGCAAAGAAGGGAUAAAUGGAUGAAGGCACUUAAAAGGACUGAUUUAACAAACCGCCAAUUAAAUAAUGCUCGAGUUUGUUCAAACCAUUUUAUCUCAGGUAAACCUUCUUCUGUUGAAGACAUCCUAAACCCUGACUGGGUACCUAAUAUCAAUAUGGGAUAUGCUUCGAGUUCUCAUCGUGCUGUUUGUUGCAACAUAGAAAGAUAUAAGAGAAGUAUAAGAAAACAAAUGGCAGAGGAUACAGACCCUAAAGAAGUUAUUGCACCAGACAAUAACAGUGUUGAUAAAAAUACCCAAACUGAAAUCACUAUGGAAAAAUUAACAGAAGAUUUCUUAAAAUUAGCUAUAAUUGAACAAGCUGAUCAUAUAAACAAAACAGCCCUUAAUUUCAAAAAUCUUUGUGGUAAUGAUACAAAAACCAGAUAUUUACUGAAAUUACCUUUAGUAAGAGUAAAUGAAAUCAACUCAGUUCAAUCAGUUCAGUUAAAAAUGAAAAGUAUCAAGUUUAGUGUUACAACAACCGGAAAAAAAUCGGCGAAAAUUAUUUCCCAUUUAAAAAAGGCUCCAAAUUCUGAUCAGUUUAUAAGUGAUAUCUCCACUAUAGAAUUUAUGGAAGGUGACAUGAACAACCAUUGUCCGCUGCAGUAUAGUGAAUUUGAAAAUAAAUCUUCGUGUUCUUCUACACCAGUGAUAAAAAACUCAAAAUAUGAAGAUAUAUCAGAGGAAAGUGAUUCCGAACAUGAGUGCUUAUCUGAAAAUGAAAAUGCUUCUGAUAAUAAUUCUGAUGUUGAAAAAAUUCCGGAAGUCGUAAUUAGUGAGUUAAACAGGAUAAUAGAAGAAGGAAGUGACUGCAAUGCAACCACGGAUUUUAACAAAAUUGAUAAAAAAAUAAUGAGUGCGGAUAGUAAUGUUAAACAAUUAUUAACCCAAUAUAUAGCAAAUAUGCCAAUGGUUUGUUUUGUUGUGGGAUGCUCCAACAGAUCUAACAGGAAUCCUAUAAGAUAUUUUAGGAUACCGACAGUCCCUGUUAAAAGGUUUCGGCAAGAUGAGGAAACCAUAAGGUCGGUUCAGCAAAGAAGGGAUAAAUGGAUCCAGGCACUUAAAAGGACUGAUUUAACAAACCGCCAAUUAAAUAAUGCUCGAGUUUGUUCAAACCAUUUUAUCUCAGGUAAACCUUCUUCUGUUGAAGACAUCCUAAACCCUGACUGGGUACCUAAUAUCAAUAUGGGAUAUGCUUCGAGUUCUCAUCGUGCUGUUUGUUGCAACAUAGAAAGAUAUAAGAGAAGUAUAAGAAAACAAAUGGCAGAGGAUACAGACCCUGAAGAAGUUAUUGCACCAGACAAUAACAGUGUUGAUAAAAAUACCCAAACUGAAAUCACUAUGGAAAAAUUAACAGAAGAUUUCUUAAAAUUAGCUAUAAUUGAACAAGCUGAUCAUAUAAACAAAACAGCCCUUAAUUUCAAAAAUCUUUGUGGUGACAUGAACAACCAUUGUCCGCUGCAGUAUAGUGAAUUUGAAAAUAAAGCUUCGUGUUCUUCUACACCAGUGAUAAAAAACUCAAAAUAUGAAGAUAUAUCAGAGGAAAGUGAUUCCGAACAUGAGUGCUUAUCUGAAAAUGAAAAUGCUUCUGAUAAUAAUUCUGAUGUUGAAAAAAUUCCGGAAGUCGUAAUUAGUGAGUUAAACAGGAUAAUAGAAGAAGGAAGUGACUGCAAUGCAACCACGGAUUUUAACAAAAUUGAUAAAAAAAUAAUGAGUGCGGAUAGUAAUGUUAAACAAUUAUUAACCCAAUAUAUAGCAAAUAUGCCAAUGGUUUGUUUUGUUGUGGGAUGCUCCAACAGAUCUAACAGGAAUCCUAUAAGAUAUUUUAGGAUACCGACAGUCCCUGUUAAAAGGUUUCGGCAAGAUGAGGAAACCAUAAGGUCGGUUCAGCAAAGAAGGGAUAAAUGGAUCCAGGCACUUAAAAGGACUGAUUUAACAAACCGCCAAUUAAAUAAUGCUCGAGUUUGUUCAAACCAUUUUAUCUCAGGUAAACCUUCUUCUGUUGAAGACAUCCUAAACCCUGACUGGGUACCUAAUAUCAAUAUGGGAUAUGCUUCGAGUUCUCAUCGUGCUGUUUGUUGCAACAUAGAAAGAUAUAAGAGAAGUAUAAGAAAACAAAUGGCAGAGGAUACAGACCCUGAAGAAGUUAUUGCACCAGACAAUAACAGUGUUGAUAAAAAUACCCAAACUGAAAUCACUAUGGAAAAAUUAACAGAAGAUUUCUUAAAAUUAGCUAUAAUUGAACAAGCUGAUCAUAUAAACAAAACAGCCCUUAAUUUCAAAAAUCUUUGUGGUAAUGAUACAAAAACCAGAUAUUUACUGGUUAAUGAAAAAACGUCUAUAGACAUAGGGAUAGCUGAAAAUGAAAAUGGCAAAGAAAUGAAUAAUCCCGAAAACAAUGGAGGUUUUAAUGUAUCACAAUCGACAACAAGAAAAAGUGUCAAGCGACAAAAUGAAAGCAUGGCUACAGAAGCUUAUAAUGUAAUGAAGUCCUUGCAAGUCAAGACCCAGGCAAGAGAUGGGUUUUCAAUUUAUGGCGAACAUGUAUCCUGCAAAUUGAGGAAGCUAGCUACUUCCUAUUCUCAAAUUACUUUUUGA